CCGACAUCUGGCGACAUUUCGGCUUAAAAAAGCUGAAAUCUAAUGGCAAGUUCGAAGAAAACAUCGCGAUCUGUCGGCGCUGUAAUGUGAGUGUAAAAUAUGCGGGGGGAACGAGCAAUUUGUCCACACACAUGCGUAGGCACCAUCCACUAAUGCUUUCGACCUCGGUGGACAGAAGCCACAAGACUGUCACUGCAUACAAAACAACAGUGCCUUCUUCUCCUACCUUUAUGCUUGCAUCGUCUCAGCCCACAAUUUCUCAUGUUUUCACAAGCAGCAAAAUGUACCCAAAUAACUCACACCAAGCCCAGCUGCUAAAUGAAAAGGUAGCCAGGUUUAUUAUCAAAGGACUGCGACCGUACAGUGUUGUGGACUCACCUGAAUUUCGAGACCUUAUCCAAUGUCUUGACCCACGGUAUAAAUUACCAUCGAGGACAACCUUUGCUGAGAGGAUUAUACCUGAUAUGUACAAGGACGCGAAACAAAGAGUUGCUGAAAAACUGUCUGAAGCUGAACAGGUUGCCCUUACUACAGAUGGAUGGACUUCUUGUGCCACAGACAGUUACCUGACUAUCACAUCUUGCCACUUAAGUGUUAACUGGGAGAUCAUCAACUUUGUUCUGCAAACAAGGGUUCUAAAUGAAAGUCAUACAGCUGAGAAUAUAUCAGAGGUAUUGAAUGAUGCAGUUAAGGAAUGGAAGCUUCCUACCACAUUUGGUUACCCCCCAGUUACAACUGAUAAUGCUGCAAACGUAACCAAAGCUAUUGCAUUGUGUGAAUCAGUUCUGCAUGUUCCCUGUCUGGCCCAUACCAUAAACCUAGCUGUACAAAAAUCACUGAAAGUCAAGAGAGUGUCCCAUGUCCUGGCGAAGAUCCGCCGCAUAGUUGCGUUCUUCCACAGAAGUCCAAAGGCAAGUGCAAUGUUGAAGGACAAAGCCCUUCUCCUGUCACUACCUGGCCAUGAUCUUAUAAUUGAUGUUGUGACCCGCUGGAAUAGCGCCUAUGACAUGAUGACAAGAUUCCUAGAAAUGCAGUGUGCUGUUCUUACAGUGCUGAUGGACAAAGUAGUGUCCAAAUGCAAAGGUGAUUUGGCCACAUUGUCAGAUGAAGAAACUCGUCUGACAGAGGAUGUGAUACAGUUCUUGAAGCCAAUGAAGGACAUGACCACAAUGCUGUGUACAGAGAAUUCCCCUACUGUGUCAAUCAUCAUGCCAUUGAAACAUCAUCUGAUGAAUGUUGCCCUCACUCCUAAAGAUGACGACAGUCCCACAGUUGCUGAAAUGAAACGCAUAAUGGCUUCAGAUAUUGAACCAAGGUAUGUAAAACAAGCAGAAAUGCUGUGUGUGGCCUCAGCUGUUGAUCCAAGAUUUAAACAUCUUCCUUUCCUCUCAGCUGAAGAGAAGUAUGAUGUUUUUGGAAAUAUCACUGCACAAACAGCCAAAAUAACAGAGAAAAACAAGCCUGUCAUCAAAACUGAACCUGAUACAAACCAAGAUCCACCCUUGCCACAUUUGCCAGAAGGACCACUGAAAACAGAGUUUGAGAAUACUUCUGCUCCUACUUACGACAGUCAUAGACAAGAACCAAGUCAAUCACCCUGUGAUUCACCCAUUGACUGCACCAACUCCACCAAGCCUUCCACACUCCUUGAAGGGUUGCUUGGAGAUGUUUUCAUUGUAAAGUCAGAGCCAGCCAAGUCCGCAUUUGAGCUGGCUAAGCUUGAUGUGGACCGGUACUGCUGUGAGCCAGGUAUCGCACUGGGUGAUAGCAGCCUUUCCUGGUGGAAGACCAAAGAAGACAAGUAUCCUCGUCUGGCACAGCUGGCAAAGAUGAUGCUUUGUAUACCAGCAACAAGUGUUCCCUCAGAGAGGGCUUUUUCCACGGCCGGGGACAUUGUAUCUCACCAAAGAGCAUCAAUGAAACCUGAAAAUGUUGACAUUCUCCUCUUUCUAAAAAAAAAUCUGAAAUAGGUAUCAAUGUGACUGAAGGUGUGAACUUUCACACUUUGACAAUCAAUCAAAAUCCGUUCCUUGUUGAUCGUUCAAAAUAAUGUUUAUUGGAGUUAUGUGAUCUCAUUGAUCUGAUGCUUUUGCUCAGCAAAUUGUGUUUCUGUUGAAACUUUUAUCGUUGAACUUUUAUCAGUGGUGUUCUAGACUCGGUGAUAUUAUGGGUGUGUAUGGCAUGUUUAAGUUCAGGAAGACAUGCUG